AUGCCUAAACUGGGUGCAAACGAACGUUAUAUUCUGCUGAAACAACAAUUUAUCGAAGGGAUAAAUCCUGCGUUAAAGAAAGAACUUUUACAGCAGCCGGAAAUUACCUAUGGCGAAACGGUGUCAGCGGCACAACAGCUAGAUUUGGCCAUUAAAUUUUCGGCAAACGACAGCGAAAUUCAUAUCAACCAAACCACCACAAGCUCGACCACAAAUAGAUAUCAACCUGAAUCCGGCGCAGUCAACUAUUAUCACCCAGAUGAUGGCAAAUAG